UAGCGACAGGCUUUUUAUUUUUCAUUUUGAACACUAUACUCCGAUUUUGUUUAGUUGUAGUUGUUUGUUCUCUCACGUUGUAUUCGAUAAUUUGGCGCUUUCUCCACUCUCCGAUACCGGAAACGAAAUGGGUUUGAUUCCUAAUCCUAAUCCAAACCCUAAGCAGGGUGUGUUUUGCUUAAAAUGGCCAUGGAAUGAUGCAAACCCUAGCCCCUGCAAGUUCGAGGGUCCUUGGCUAUUCAAUUCUCUCCAGAACCUUGGCUUAACCGCUUUCCAUUUUGCGAGCUCCGUUUCAAGACGGAAGAAGAAACCGAGUCCACCGCAGUCGGAGGCGGAGCAGAGAGCGUUUGCGUCGGCUCUGGCGAGCGGGAAGGAGGCGACGUUGCUGGAGUUCUACUCGCCCAAGUGCAGACUCUGCAAUUCCCUUCUCAAUUUUGUUUCCCAAGUCGAAACCAGAAAUUCUCAAUGGCUCAACAUUGUCAUGGCUGAUGCUGAGAAUCCCAAUUGGCUACCUGAGCUCCUUAAUUAUGAUGUUAGCUAUGUUCCUUGCUUUGUGAUUCUUGACAACAAUGGCAAGGCCCUGGCAAAGACAGGUGUCCCAAAUAGUCGUUUACAUGUUAUUGCAGGAGUCUCCCAUCUUCUCAAAAUGAAGCGCCCUCAACAAAAUAAUGGAUGAUGAAUUUAGUUCUUGAAAACCAACAUAUUUUGUGGGAUUGGUAUAUAUAUCUUAAAUAACAUUUUAUGCAAAUCAUUAAUCAUCCUUCUUCCUUUCA